ACAUGUACUGGUUCGGCUGCUUCUUUGGAGAGCACCUUCGCUGAAACGAGGCUCGACUCUACACGCGUUCGCUACUCUAUGGUCUUUGUCUAAUGCAAGAGAGAGGCGUGGGCAAACCAUGGACCGCAGAGGAAGAUAGACUUCUCACGCAGGCCGUCGCUGUCCAUGGCGAGGUCGAUAACUGGAAGACAGUAGCACUGUCCGUGCCCGGUCGUACGAACAAGGCAUGUAGGAAACGCUGGCUUCACUCGCUUUCGCCGAAUGUCAAGAAGACAGCCUGGACAGCGGAGGAAGACCAGUUGCUUCGCUCGUUGUACGCGAUACAUGGAACGAAGUGGGCCGUGAUUGCCCGCAACAUUCCUGGGCGGACGGAUGAUGCCUGCUCGAAGCGGUAUCGUGAGGCCUUAGAUCCGUCUUUGAAGCGCGAGGAAUGGACGUCGGAAGAAGACGGCCAACUUCUAGACGCAUAUGCGCGGGUGGGAGGCAAGUGGGGGGUCAUAGGCCAGGAACUGAAUAGAAGUAGCCUGGCGUGCCGCAACAGAUGGAGAAUGAUGGAGAGGAAGAAGACCGCUGGUAUUCGCCAGACCGAGGCGGGUAGCACUUCUACAAGUGUCGCCGCCGCUGAGCAAAACCAGCAACCUCCGCAGUGGCAACCUGAAGUAGAUCAGCAUGCAGGUCCGUUCUGGGACCCAUCGCUAGUCCCUUCGACUUCUGUGCCGGCACAGUAUCCGACUCCCGUUGUCCAAGGUAACUCUCGCACGGAAUACUUCUGUGCUUGUCCCUUCCAUAGCGAGCCGUCUGGCAUCCACAGAAAUCACUUCGAUGGGAGUUGCUUCCAGUAUGAUCCCUUGUCGAUGCCUCUGCCUCAGCAAGAUACUUCGACGAACGGGCAUCCAACGUCGUACAAUUACGACCCUACUCAAUUUCCUACUGGCCUCAAUGCGGCAUUCGAUACUUCGAUGCAGACUGAGCCCCAAGGUUCUUCGCUGAACCUUGUCAAUCAGUCAAAUGCUUUCUAUGAUAUGUCUUUCACUGCGGAUACCGGCGAGAACCCCGCAAUCGAACCUUCGACGGAGCAUGUACCAUCGGACGGGCAACCAUUUAGUCAAGUCCCUCUAGGCUCCCAUCCAAGUCCCAGCGAAGGAACGACAAAUGAAGGUAUGGUAGACGACGAAGUUCCCGGCCCCACCAUUGUUCAGGAGAGUACAGAAUCUCCAACGGCUGCUUCUACCCCAUCUUCACCUCGUGUCGCAAGCCAGGAACCAGGGUCUCAGCUGGAUUUGGAGGAGCCAAGGUCAGCCACCAGCUACUACCGCACGCCAGCGGAAAAGGCCAAGAAACCUCCUCCUUCGCGUCAUGUUAUCCGCGAAGGACCGCCCCCUCGACUCUCAUCGACUCUAAGUGCCACAGCGGACCCUUCUGUCCUCGCUUACGCUUGCGGGCAUCCUGACUGCUGGUCCGACGGCGCACCGUCCAGCAGCGCGCGCUACGCGACGUCCAAGGAGUUGAGUGACCAUAACAAAGCACAGCAUGCCGCAGACCUUGGCGGUAGUACGCCGUUCAGAUGUGGUUUAGCGGGGUGCAAGAAGAGCUGGAAGAGUAUCAACGGCCUUCAAUACCAUUUGCAGGUAUCGAAGGCUCAUUUUGCACAAGCCCUCGCGGCGAAUCGGCGUACGGGGCUAGCAGAGGCAGACACUUCGACGCCAGCCAGCGUCUCCUCGGACGAGAGUCGACCGAAACCCCGGAAGAUUUUCCCCUGCCCGCACCCCGGGUGUCACAGCCAAUACAAGCAGCUCAGCGGCCUGCGUUAUCAUGUAGCCCAUGGCCACCCAGCGGAGCUCCCUGUCCAGCUCGACACCGUCCCCCCUUCUCUCGCUCGGAAAGUGGCAGAGAAGAUGCAGCGGAGGGAUCCUUCCGCAGCGGGAUGACGCAUGGCGUCUCUGUGCAUUGCUCAGCGAAGACCCGUUGACGUUGGGGGGCGCCGCUGCUCCUGCCCAGGUGCCACGAGCGGUCCCCAAGGUGUCACCAAUUCAAUUCAGAGUCCUCAAUUGUAUAUG